AUGGCCCUGUAUAAUGUAAUAGAGAAGAGGUUUGCUCCUCUUUUCGGCCGGCCUGUGCUCUGCUGCCACCUGUGGGCCCUGAGCGGGUCCCAGUCGUUCGUGGACUGUAUAAGAGGCGAUAGCCUGAUUUUAAAACAAAGUGAUAGGAAUGUAACAGUUGUUAGGUUGUUAGGCUGCAUACUGUUAUCUUCCACCUGCCAGCUCUGGGGCGCUGCAUCCCUGUCUCCUGCCAGGCCUCUCCCAUUAGAGGAAUGGCCUGGUUCUGGUCCCUCCCCAGUGACUGGGGAUGCCGGAAUCUCAGCCCCAGCCCCGCCACACUAUGCGCUUCCCGCCUCCCGAUACCCUCAGGGAACCCAAAGCAGAGAAGCCGGGAGCGGAUUUCCUGCUGCUGCUGCGCGGGCUCCCCGCCUCGCCCCAACUCCGCCUCGCGGCUUCCUGCAUCUGCGCCCGCGCCUUGCUCAGUCCACUCGGGCCAUUGCGCUGCCCCAGAACCACCGCCAUCUGAAAGAGCGCGUCCCCAGGUACUCAAGGCCCCCGGAUACACCCCACAGAUUGAUCUGCGGGCCGGAUCAAGUGGCACCCAGCAUGGGGGCUCCUGUCACGGGGGAGUCAACAAGGAGCCGUUCAAGAAUGCUGGCUAGAAGUAAAAGCAAAUUGAAUCAGGGACCGAGGCCUACGCGGACGACUGCCCGAUGUGCCGCCCGAGUCACGAGGAUUAUGAUGCUCAUUAAUAACUGGAUAGACGUGUUUAUGGCAAAGCCCAUUCAGGUAUACUACCACCAGCUGGAGAUGGCGAUCAACAAACCUACCGGGAAGGAAUUCCCAUGAGUGGCCCAUAUGACACUGCGGCCUAACUGCCCUGGGGCAAUGGACAGGCAGCCAGAGACGGGCAACUAGGACAUGCAUAUUACCCCACCGGCCGCCUAAGACAGGCACAGGACUAACUGCUGAACUGCAAGCCCAUGACGGGUAAGGCCUGGUUGGGUUCACGUAAUUAGGUUCCUUGACCUAAGACAGGUGCUGUCCUCACAGGGCCUGCCAUACUCCUGAUUAAAUAAUAUAGAAAGGGAGGAGAUGUAGGGAGUGGCACGACCACCCCAUUGCUGCCUCCCUGCCUCUCUCUCCUAUGGGCACAUGAUGCACCUGCCUACAUUAACCAUAAUCCUCUCCAGCUUAUGUCACAUACUGGACGUGACGACAACCUAUCAGAAACUACCCCAUAGCAUCUUCCCGUCCCACUAGCCCACCCUUGGCCCAUAAAGGAUGAGACCACUUCCUGAAUAAACGAGGCUUGAUCGGAUUCUCUUGACUUGCUUUAAUCUCUCUUUGUCUCCCCCCUGUUCUAUUCAUCCCUGUUCCCCCUCCAGGUACACCCCACAGAUUGAUCCACAGGCCAGAUCAGAGGGCCUUUUUAUACGAGGCACUCAAUAGUCUUGAGGCUAUCAUAGAACAGGUAAAGUCUCACCAAGGCAAAAUAAUGCUGGCAUGUGGCACAGAAAGGAUUACAGGGUUCCUGAACCUAGGGAUGCCCUUCAGUUGUAUUCCUAAUGAGGCCAAUAUGAACAUUACCUUUUCCAAACAUGUAAGUGAGCAGAAGGAAGAUAAUCCAAUAUGUGGCCGACAAGACAGAUCAAACACUGUGUCAAAUUUUAUGUUCAUGCAAUUGGGUAGACAAUAAAAAGGACUGUUAAAUGUAAGGAGCUUCACAAAGAAGGAAACAAACUCUGUGUCUUUAGUUUCAAAGGAGAAACCAUCAAGGAGGCUUUGUGCAAGGACCACAGAUUUCUUCCUUUUCUGGAGAAUGGCCAUUGGAAACUCAUCAGCAACAAGAACUCCAUUAUAGAAAACACUCAAGUAGUCUGUCAGGUGGAGAGAAAGGUCUUCAAGAUCGAAGCUGAAACUAGAAAUAGCCCUAGGGUGCCCACACAGAAUUCUGAGUUAGUGAAAAGAAGACCCAUGUAUUGAAAGAAUACAUUGCGGAAGAGCAUUCCUGCUUGAAAAGAAAAAGAGAAAGUAUCAGAAAAAAACCUCAAGAAAGAAGUGAAAACAAGUGGGAAAAAAAACGAACAACAUCACUUAGGUUUCCUAGAACAAACUUUGGGAAACAGACCAAAAAUUCUACUCCUGUUAAAACAAUCAGGCUCCUUUCACAUUUCAAUGACUCAGUUGGAUUCUUACACUGGGACAAUAAUGGCUACAUGGGUACAGCCACCUGCUUCAUGUUCACCGGGUCGUACAUUUUCACUUGACACCACAUGGUAGAUCAGAUCGUGGGAAAAGGAGUAGAGCCCAGUAAGUGGGCAGACAUAAUCAGCCACUGUGCUCGGGUGACAUUCAGUUAUGAAGAGUUUGAAUUAAAAGACCACAACUCCUUCUCCAUCGAGUCUUGGUUUGAGAUCUGAUGUAGAUCUCGACUAUGCAGUCCUGAAACUCAAGGAAAAUGGACAGCAAGUUCCUGCAGGACUCUACAGUGGGAUCGCCCCUGCACCAGCUAAUGGGUUGCUGUAUAUUAUUGGGCAUCCUGCAGGAGAAAGGAAGUCCACUGAUGCAUGUGUCAUGAUUCCUCAGAGUGAGCGAAAAGAGACGUGUGAUAGAAAUAUGAGAGAAUUAGUGUCUGAGCCUCAGUUUGCCCACAUGUACACUCAAAACAGUUUCAGGGAAAUUCUUCACAACCCUAAUGUUGUUACCUAUGACACCACUUUUUAUUGGGGUUCUUCUGGCUCACCAGUGUUUGACUCCCAUAGCUCCUUGGUGGCCAUGCAUACUGCUGGCUUCAUUGAAAUUUACAGAGAAAGGACUUUUCAUAUCAUUGAGUUUGAUCACAGCCCUGGAAUUGAAAUUCAGGUAGAACAGAAGCAAAACAGAAGAUAGGAAGGAGACAAGGAAGAUUAUAAUUUAUAGGUGGUACUUUUAAGAAGAAUGUGACUAAGACACAGAGUUAUCUCAGGUUAUCCACAUCUCCACAUCUUGGCAGGUUGUCAAAAGUAUCACAGAAUAUUUUUAGAUAAUAUGUUUAAUCUUUAAAAAUACAAAAUAGUUUACUUGACUCUGUUUCUUCUGUAAAAUAAGCUACUGUCUUCCCUGUUGGGGAGUCAUCACUUUUUUCCUGCAAACAAGGUUUGUAAAUUCACAAAUUCCACUCCAAAAACAUAAAUAUUACCUGUUCUGUGCAACUGCUUUUUCUGGCCUUACACUAUUUCCUUGAGUGUGUGCUUUAAAACUCUCCCUCAUAAUCCCUUUACUUCUUUAAAAAAACAUUAAAACAAGUCAGCAGAAAGCAAGCCCUCCUUGUGAGUCUGCACCAUGUGCAGGCAGCUGGGGGAAAAAACUAAAUGGCAGUGUUUUCCCAUAAGUCAGUGCUGCUCAUGGACUGCAAAGGAGGAAAAGAAUAAAAAAAAAGCCAAAGAAGUAAACCAUCCCUAUGAGUUGGCUCCAUGUCUGAGGUGCUGUGGGAGAACCAGAUGCCAACCCCUUCUGGUGCAGAGGCUAGGAGACAGGAAGAAACAAGGUUUCCCCACCCCCAAAAUCAAGUGGCUGAUCUGGAGAAACACAAGCUGUGAUGAUAACUAUUGAGGUAAAUAUAGCUUAAUGCUUGUAGUGUUCAGUGUUUCACUGACUUUGUAGGCCUAUAGCUGGUAGUCUCGUCAUCUAUUCUGAAGAUAACAAUAUGCAAUGUAGUAUCUAUGGGGUAUCUCCCUCUAAGGGUGCUGGCCAUUGUUAAUUCCUUAUUGUCUUGUUUUGAAGUCCUGUUUUGUAUUCGUUAUUUUGUUGGGUUGGGUUUUAUUUCAUUUUUGUUUGUUUGUUUGUUUGUUUGUUUGAUUUAUUAUAUCCAAUGUUGUGGGAAGCUACUUGAAAGAGAAAAAGAUACACUAUGGUAGCCAUAUUGGACUUACUAUUAACUUGUUUUGAAGUUUCUUUAUUGUGUUCAUUGUUUUGUUUUCAUUGGUUCUGUUCUGUUUUGUUUGAUUUUUACUAUGUCUGAAGGUAUGGACAGCUAUUUUGAACGCAGCAAGAGGCAUUAUGAUUAGCAUUGCUGAUUUUCUAUUUUCUUGUUUUGAAGUCCUGUGCCACUUAUACUGUUUAGUUUUCACUGGCAAAAAAUAAAUAAAUAAAUAAAUUCUAACAACUCCAUGAAGAAA